CGAAGGGCGCGUCCACGCCGCCUGCCCGCCCCCCCCUUCCUUCCCUCCCUCCCUCCCUCUCCAAGCCCACGACUUAAAGAGUUUGCUCGCCGGUGCGAAAUCCCGCGGGGGAGGUUUGCGGAGGGCGUGGAACCGCUGACAGGGGAUGGCAGGUCGGGAGUCCUUAGCUGGACGACGGAGUGAAGCCAGCCAGCCAUAAAUAAAACCUUCCACCAGCCGACGCCCCCUCCCCACGCCCACCCCAUCCCGGCAUCCCGCAUGGAAGAGCUUGAUCAUGACUGUUAGAUAGCAUCCCAUAUCACGAUGACUAUGGCUCCCCGAAAACGGAGUCGUCAUGCUUUGGGGUUUCUUUGCUGCUUUGGGCGGAGUGAUCUGCCUGAAAUCAACCUCAAGGACAAUAACCCUCUGCAGUUCUUGGAGUUCUCAGUGCCAAUCCCACCAGCCGAAGAACUGAAUGCAAGGUUCUCUGAGCUUGUGGAUGAAUUGGAUCUCACAGAUAAGAAUAGAGAGGCAAUGUUUGCACUCCCACCAGAGAAGAAAUGGCAGAUCUAUUGCAGCAAAAAGAAGGAACAAGAAGAUCCCAACAAGCUUGCUACAAGCUGGCCAGACUAUUAUAUUGAUCGCAUCAAUUCCAUGGCAGCAAUGCAGACUCUAUAUGCUUUUGAUGAAGAAGAAACAGAAAUGAGGAAUAAAAUAGUUGAAGACUUGAAAACAGCUCUGCGAACUCAGCCCAUGAGAUUCGUAGUAAGAUUUAUUGAGCUGGAUGGCCUGAGCUGCUUGCUGAACUUUUUGAAGAGUAUGGACUAUGAAACCUCUGAAAGCCGUAUACACACAUCCGUUAUAGGAUGCAUCAAGGCUCUGAUGAACAACUCCCAAGGACGAGCCCAUGUUCUAGCCCACCCGGAAAGCAUCAAUAUAAUUUCGCAGAGUUUACGGAUGGAGAACAUCAAGACCAAGAUUGCUGUGCUGGAGAUCCUUGGGGCUGUUUGCUUAGUGCCAGGAGGUCACAAAAAAGUUCUGCAGGCCAUGCUUCAUUACCAGGUCUACGCAGCGGAGAGAACAAGAUUCCAGACUCUACUCAAUGAGCUAGACCGAAGCAUGGGGAGAUAUCGUGAUGAAGUGAACCUAAAAACAGCCAUCAUGUCCUUUAUUAAUGCUGUAUUGAAUGCAGGUAGUGGAGAGGACAACUUGGAAUUCCGACUGCACCUACGAUAUGAGUUUCUAAUGCUGGGUAUUCAGCCUGUUAUUGAUAAACUCAGAGGACAUGAAAAUGCAACAUUGGACAGGCACUUAGAUUUCUUUGAGAUGGUUCGAAAUGAAGAUGACUUGGAACUUGCAAAGAGGUUUGAAAUGGUACAUAUUGACACAAAAAGCGCCUCACAGAUGUUUGAGCUGAUCAAGAAGAAAUUGAAGCACACAGAUGCUUACCCCUAUUUACUGUCUGUACUCCAGCACUGCUUACAAAUGCCUUAUAAAAGAAAUGGGGGAACUUUUCAACAAUGGCAGCUUUUAGACAGGAUACUGCAGCAAAUUGUUCUUCAGGAUGAACGAGGGAAUGAUCCAGAUGUAUCUACUUUGGAAAACUUCAAUGUCAAGAACAUCAUUAAGAUGUUGGUAAAUGAAAAUGAAGUGAAACAAUGGAGAGAUCAAGCAGAGAAAUUCCGGAAAGAACAUGUUGAAUUGAUGAGCAGGUUAGAGAAGAAAGAAAGAGAAUGUGACAUAAAAACCCAAGAGAAAGAUGAAAUGAUGAAGACACUGAAUAAAAUGAAGGACAAGCUGCAAAGAGAAUCCCUGGAGCUUCGCCAAACUCGGGAUCAAAUGAGUGACCUUAUUGUUCAGCUGAAUGAAUUUUCGCAAGGGAAUAGUACAUUCCCAAUUUCUCCUCAACUACCACCUGGUGGACCAUUUUCUUUGUCCUCUUCUCUACGAUCAUCAGAGAUUUUGCCACCGCCUCCCCCACCUCUUCCUUUCUCUAGCUGUCCUCCUCCUCCAGCUCCGCCACCACCUCCAGGUGGGCCUCCACCCCCACCUGGAGCACCUCCAUUCUUCAAUGUCAGUCUGCCUCCCAUUUCUUCCACCACCGCCACCACCACGUUCAGCAACAGUGAGAUUAGCCUAAAGAAAAAAUCAAUCCCGCAGCCAUCUCAUCCACUGAAAUCCUUCAACUGGGCCAAAUUGAGUGAGGAAAAGAUACAUGGUACAAUCUGGCAUGAAAUUGAUGACAUACGGGCUUUCAAGAUGCUGGAUUUGGAAGAUUUUGAAAAAAUGUUUUCAGCCUAUCAAAGACAUCAGGACCUGUUAACUAAUCCUUCUUCCUCCUGUAAGACGAAGGAAAUGGGAUCAACUGAAGACUUAUACUUAUCCAGCCGAAAGGUGAAAGAGCUUUCUGUGAUUGAUGGCCGGAGAGCACAAAACUGUGUCAUCCUCCUUUCCAAGUUGAAGCUAUCUAAUGAAGAAAUUCGGCAGGCAAUUUUGAAAAUGGAUGAAGAAGAAGAUCUGGCGAAAGAUAUGUUGGAGCAGCUACUGAAGUUUGUUCCAGAGAAGAGUGAUAUUGACCUGUUGGAAGAGCAUAAGCAUGAAAUUGAUCGCAUGGCGCGAGCAGAUCGUUUCCUCUAUGAAAUGAGCAGGAUUGACCACUACCAACAAAGACUUCAAGCAUUAUUCUUUAAGAAGAAGUUUCCAGAGAGGCUUGCUGAAGCUAAGCCAAAAGUGGAAGCUAUUCUCCUGGCUUCCAGAGAGCUCAUCCGCAGCAAGCGCCUGAAGCAGCUUUUGGAGGUCGUGUUGGCCUUUGGCAAUUACAUGAACAAGGGACAAAGAGGAAAUGCAUAUGGCUUUAAGGUUUCCAGCCUGAAUAAGAUUGCGGACACCAAAUCUAGCAUAGAUAAGAAUAUUACCUUAUUACAUUACUUAAUAAUGAUCUUUGAAAAGAAUUACCUAGAUGUGCUUGACGUACAGUCUGAACUGCAACAUCUUCCAGAAGCAGCAAAAGUCAACCUAGUGGAGUUGGAGAAAGAAGUUAAUAACGUAAAGACUGGGUUGAAAGCUGUUGAAGCUGAGCUAGAUUAUCAGCAGAGGCGUAUGCGGGAACCAGGUGAUAAAUUCAUCCCCAUCAUGAGCGACUUUAUCACAGUAGCCAGUUUUAGUUUUUCUGAGCUGGAAGACCUUCUGAAUGAUGCAAGGGAUAAGUAUGCCAAAGCACUGAAGCAUUUUGGAGAGAGUGAGGGAAGGAUGCAGCCAGAUGAAUUUUUUGGCAUCUUUGACACCUUCCUGCAAUCCUUUACAGAAGCUAAGCAAGAUCUGGAGAAUAUGAGGAAGAAGAAAGAAGAAGAGGAGCGCAGGGCGCGCAUGGAAGUCAUGCUUAAAGAACAGAGAGAGAAAGAGCGGCGUCAGAAGAAAGCAAAGGCUGGUAGUAUCUCAGAGGAAGGAGGAGGAGAGUUUGAUGAUCUUGUGUCAGCACUGAGAUCAGGUGAAGUUUUUGACAAAGACUUAUCCAAGCUCAAGCGCAACCGUAAGCGUUCAGGGAACCCAAAUCUGGAGACAAGUCGGGAACGAGCAAUAACAAAGCUCAAUUAUUAAAUAUGGAUGAUGUGCAGAUUACACAAAGUGCAAAAUCGUAAUGAACAACUGCUGCAACAUGAUGUCUAAAACCUUUCUGCAGGAAGCACAUCUAGUGCCAAUGGCUUUUUUCCCCCCCAGGAUGAAUUUAUUCUCCUGUCUUGCUCUCUUCCAUAUUUACAUAAUCUGGAAUGAGGGAAAAAGUGCCUCUCUAGUGCCCAAAGGAUUUGUCAUCAAACCUUCCUUCUGAUUGAUCGAAUGGCUUCUCGAUUCCACUACAACUUCACUUGGACUCUUUUGAUGAAACAGGAAGCUCGGGGGCUUUUUGCACCAGUCACUUGGGGUGGUGGGUAGGGGAGGAUCAUGUGCCAAAGUUUACACUUUUUUUUUUUUAAUCUCCAAUGCUGAGAAAAUGCAAGACAGUCUCAGGAUGGUUCUGAAUUUUCCUGCCAUUCAUGGUUUGGCCUGCCUUCAAGAGUGAAUUAGUGGUAUUAUAGUAUUGUGGUUCUCUUCCUCCACUGGAUUUCCAAAAGGCCAUUGACUUUGAGAAACAUGACAAUGGUCCCAAGGACUGGCAUUUACUGGUGCAUGACAAGCAAGUGAUGUUGCGUCAGAGGAAGUAGCUAGAGAUGUUCUGUUUCUGAGAUGCAUAAAAUGUUUGGGAAACUCACUUUUUCCUCCCACUAAUCACUUGAGUAUUUGGAAGUUAUUAUUUGGAAGUCUUUAUACCAAGUUGUGAGAAAAUAGGAGGAACCAUACUCUAAGAGUGAUCAUCAUUAACCUGAACCUGAUCAGUUAUCAUUGCUAAGCAAUGUGGUAGGAAAUGGUUUGGGGCAUAGCAGUAUUUCCAUUUGUAAAACUGCAUUAUUUUGAUAGCACAGUAACACAAAUUAUUUGAACUAAUAAGAUGUAGAAACUAGAAAAAAGAAAUACACAAAUGGUUUGCCUAAUAGUUGAAAAAGAGAAUCCAGUCGUUUAUUGGAAGCCAUGACUCAACUGGGAUGGACAUUUUUUCAUUCUAACAGACUGGCCUUUUCAGCAAAUGCAACCCUUCCAACAACAUUUUCACAGUAUUAUGUAAUUGUAAGGUGACUGGAACAUUCAAGGAUUUUUUCCCAUCAUAAUGGAAGUGACAAAGAAAGAAUUAAGAUAUAUGGCAGACCCAGAAGGGAUUAUCCAGUAUGUUUGAAAACAACUCUUGCAGUGACAAUAAACAAGCAGUUUAUCAUGUAAUCAGAAAUUGUCUGCAGAACAGCCAAAACAGAGACAUGCAUAUGUAGAGAGAGCCAAAUAAUACUUCCCUGUUUCAUUGUUCUUACAUGGUUGUACAUUAAUAGAACUAUGCAGUAUAGGGCUUUUUUUUUAAUCUUAUGAAUUGAGUAGUUAUUCAUCAAUUCUCAACUGGAUCUCAGGAAAAAAAAAAGAUGGUGCAACAUGGAGGCAAAAUUUAAGAUGAUGUUUGAAGAAGUUUUUCUGCAAGGGCAAAAUCCAUAGGAUUCCAGGGAUGAUAAAAGACACUCCAAUUGUCAUGUUGAUUACUUGCUUUUGUUGGUAUGAAAAAAUUGUGUAGAUUUAAGUUUAUUUCUGUAAAGUGGAAAAUUCUCUCUCCCUCAAGCACAGAUUAAUAAGCCAUAUUGCAAGAUUCCUCUACCAACAUUGAGUUGAAUGUUGGGAACCCUAAAUAGAAUUGCUCAAACCUUCAAAAAUAAUUGUCUUAUUUUUGUAUGGCCUCGUUUUCAGUACUCUGGUUCCAAAUUUUCCUGUUCAUAGCAUUCCAGAAUACAGGAUGUUUUCAUUACAUAUAUGGGAAGAUAAUUUGCCUUUAUAUAUAAAAAAAAAAUCUGUCAUAGGGCUGCCUCUUUUUUAAAGUAGUAUUUAGAGCAGUAUUUCUUAAAAGUGUGGUUGUGGCCAUCCUCUCAGAAGUCCACAAAAUCAAAAUUCUUAAUAUUAAAAUCCCAUCAAAUUGUGAGAAGUGGCAAUGAAUGCAAAUUUUUAGUAUAGUAAAUGUUGAUGAAUAUAAUCCAUACAAAGGAAAGUUCAUUUGGAAUCCUCUGUAAUUUUAAAAAGUGGGAAGGGGUCCUUACAGAAAAAAAGUUUAAGAAACACUGAGUUAUAAGAUGAUCCUUCAUCACAUGGAAACUGACCUCUCUGUCUAUGAAGAUUUUCAGUCAUCCAGGUCAUGAUUGUCCCAAAGGUGCUUUUUCAAAAGGCAUCUGGACAUUCUGGUUUUUCUUUGAAGAUGUUUCACUUCUCAUUCUCAUCCAAGAACUGAAGAAGUUUCUUGGAUGUGAAGCAAAACGUCUUCAAAGAAAAACCAGAAAGUCCAAUUGCCUCUUGAAAAAGCACCUUUGGGAUGACCUCUCUCUUCCUCUUUCGGAACUGAAUGAUUCCACCCUAAAUAUUCUUGAAGAUUAGCAGGGUUGUACUUUUGGGAUUCUUCAGGAUGAACAACAAGAUAUUUUAAAGAAAAAUGUGAACGCUAUAUUGAGCUUAUGGCUGUACCCUUUAGUAGAAAUGUAGUAUUACACUAUGUCUCUUGUCUUGUCUCGUCCAAGAAAGACUAAAAUGGCAUAGUGCAAGACAAGCCCAUUUUCCUUGCACCAAAUCUCAAGAUUACACCUUACUCAAAAUAAUCAACUUUGAGUUACAUCGCUCAGUAUUCCCAAAUUCCUUAAGAGAUUAUAUACCACAAAUAAGAUGCAGUUCUUCAUCUGUGGCUAUAGUCCUUUCCUUCCCCAUAAAAUAUAAUCUGAGCCAUCUAAUUGUUACUGCAGUAAGGUAAGUAAAUAACAUUGUUACUGUAGUAAGGAACCAGGAUAAAAGAGAAGGUAGGUCUAACUAUAGGUUUCAAUGAGCAUGAUGUUCUCAAGUGACCAUUCCUGAUACAGACAUCUCUUAAUUUAGAUGAUGGGCAGGUAACCCUGAUGUCUGGAAGAUACUUAAGAAUAUUGCAUCAGAAUAACAUUAGAAAUCUCCUUCCUUUCAGCUAGAGUGACCAUCAACAUCAGCGGCCCCUGCAAAAACCUGAAGAGGUUGCCAAUUAUCAGUGAGGUACUUAGAGCAGAAAGAGGGAGAUUCCGUGUUCAAAUAAACAAUGUGUUUUCCCCCCUAGGAAUAGGGCAGUCAAGGAAGUUCAUAUGAUAGUUGGAGAAAAUUAGACAUUUUAUUUUUGCUCCUAGCUCUGCUAUAUAAUGCCUCGUUUUUUAAAAAAUAUUAUUAUUGCCAGUAUUUCUGACUUGGUUCCACAAGAGGAAGUACUGGAGUACGGCUUCACCUAUUCCUGUAAAAUCUACAGCAACCUGGAUCAGAGAUUUGUAGGUCUCAGUGGUUUCAAUUCUGUUCCUUGCAGUAAGUUUUUUUUUCCAGAGCAAUACCUAGCAGUCUGGUUUAGCAAUUGGUUUUGUGGGGAAUAUCUAAAAAUAAUAUUAAAUAUAAUUACACAUACAAUAAGAUUCAUUUUGUUUGUAAUCAGGGCUCGCUGUAUUUUGAGUCAUUCCUUCACUUGGGAAAUGUCAACUCCCAUGAACAGUUGAUGGAAUUUAGUAGCAACUUCCCAUGACCUCUAUUUCAGAUUGUCAUAGAUUUUAAAAAAAAAUAAAUAGUUGGAGCUGAAUUCUAUGAUCCAAAAUAGAAGUUUUCAAAAAAUCCCAGUUCAAACCAGGUUUUCUCAGAGGUGACAUCAGAAUUUAUUUACCACCCUCACCCCUGGCCAAAAGCGCAGCAUCUCUCUGUUGUGAAGAUUAUUGGCUCGACUGUUGGCCAAAUGCCCAUAGAUUUUCUUUAGCCAAAUGAAGCUAUUGCUGACAUUUGCAAAUCACAUAAAGCAAUAGUGGGUUUCAAUUUAGUUUGCUACCGGUUCGCUCAUGUGUGCUCGCGCAUGCAACACUUCUGCACGCACGCAACACUUUUGCACAUGCGCAGAAGCUUCUGCACAUGUGCAGAAGCUUCUGCACAUGUGCAGAAGCAGGCGGAUGGGCGGAGCCUCUUGCCACUGCUUCCGGUUCGCCCAAUUCGGGGCGAACCGAUAGCAACCCACCACUGACAUAAAGGUACCGUUUUGUAGGUGCUUAAGGCCUAGAACCAGCAUGGACUAUUGAAAUUAAAUAAAUAAAAUCAAAAUAGCAACAAAAGACCAGAAUCCAGUUAAAUCCCCCCCCCUUUUUUUUAACCAUAGGUGGUUGGACGUUCUUCGGCCACACUCUCUGCUUUUCCUUAUUUCUUGAUAUUCGGUAAUUCAUUAAAAAAAAAAAAACAUCCCCAGAAGUGCUGCAUUAUUUGUGUUGCAAAGUUAGCAAGUGGGGUCUAUAGCAGUCCACUCGAAAUGCACUGAUGCAUGCAUGCCUUGAAAUUUGUGCAUGCAACUUGAAGCAGAGAAAUCCAUUUCUCCAUCCAGUUUUCUAUCCCUCCCCCAGAAAUCAGGGAGAGGACUGAACUUUGGCUCCUGUAUUGAUGUAGAUAACAGCUGUAACAUGUUAUGUUCAGUUUAUUCUCUCUCAAGAAGGGAACCUGAGAAUGUUCAGGCUGGAAAAAAAAAUAUUCACAUAGGGCUGAGAGGGAACAACUCUUACAUCAAAACAUCCAGAACAAAUGAGAUAACUCUCGUGGUAUCCUCAAUAAAAGUGGGUUUUGGGUUUUUGUUUUUUUUUGCUUUUCCACAUCUUGCAAAGUUCUCAAGCAAUAGUAUCUCGUAGCAGUUUAUCUGACCAUAAGAUAUGACAGCAAUAACUUUGUGGUUAAGAGGCCAAGCUGUGGGUUGCCACAGACCAGGGGAAAGAAACAAAGAGUAACUUUUUAACCAUUAUGUUGCCUGACUUAAUUGGGGCAGCCCAAAAAUAAGAUUAAGCCUUUUGGGGAGAUCCUGUUUCAUGUAAAUGUCUAUGGAGAUUCUCAGUUAUCCAGUUAAUGGUUAUCCCAAAGGUGCUUUUCAAAAGGCAGCUAGACUUCCUUUGUUUUUUCCUUGAAGAUGUUUUGCUUCUCAUCUAAGAAGCUUCCUCAGUUCUGGCUGAAUGGCGGGGAAUGGAAGGGUUUGUAUUCCUAGCAAUUCCUUUGGAAAAGCACCUUUGGGACUGUUUCAUAUAAAUUAGACAAUUUUCACACAGUGAUGCAUUUAUAGACUCAAAGCCUAAUUUUCUUUCUGAGGUUUUGUGAUAGGUUGGUCCUUUUUCUUCCACAGUCUCUUGACUAUUUGUGUCAUCCAGCUGUAUCUAUAGGUAGUCCUUGACUUACAACAGUUUGUUUAGUGACCGUUCAAAGUUGCAACGGCACUGAAAAAUGUGAGUUGUGACCAUUUUCACAGUUACGACCUUUGCAGCAUCCCCACCGUCAUGUGAUCAAAAUUCAGAAGCUUAGCAACGGGUUCAUAUUUAUGACCGUUGCUGUGUCUUAAGACUAUGUGAUGCCCUUUUGCAACCUUCUGACAAGCAAAGUCAAUAGAGAAGCCAGAUUCCUUUAAUAACUGGGUUAUUAACUUACCAACUGCCAUGAUUCACUUUAACGAUUGUGGCAAGAAGGGUCAUAAAAUAGGGCAAAACUCACUUAACAACAUAAAUUUGGGGCUCAAUUGUCGUAAGUCAAGGACUACCUGUACUGCAGUCAAAGAGUUAAAUGUUUAACACAUAAGAAAGGGAGUUAGGGUUUGUCAAAAUACAAACCAUGUAAAAUACCUGCAAUAUAGGGAAAUAAUUACUGGAAAUGCACUUCUAACAGAAGCGGCUCUUUUGGAUCCAUUGCUGAAGAGCAGUGAUUAAAAGUAAUUUACCAGUUCUGGCUAGUAAACCUACUGUUUGGUAGAUCCAACCCUGUUCGUCUAUUUCAAUCCAAUGCAGCAUUUUCUUUAUGUGCAACAUACCAGUUCAUGCAAAGCAUUCCAAGUUCUUUAAGGAAUGAUAAAGCAGUUUAAGUCGCCCUCACCCCAAAAUGCUGUAGCAAAUGUGACUUAAAGAGGUACUUCUCAUUUGUAAGAAAUUUCCAUUUCUUUGGAAAUACAGUCACCAGUGUUGUGUUCGCAGUAGAGAGAGAAAAGGGUGGAAGGAUUUCAUCAUGGGGGAUGCUAGACUACUGCUCUAUUUGGUAGCUUUGCUUUUGCUUUCCAGGUUGAAACUCAGAGAGCAUUUGUACAGUUCUGUUAUGUACAUGAUGUAUGCAGUCUUGUUUAAUAUUUUUUAAAGUUUUAAUUAAAAAUAUUAGGAAUAUUUUUAAGGGAAACCUGUAAAUGCUACAUUUCUAUUUAUUUGGCCAUGUUUUAAUUUGCUUGUGUGUGUGUGUGUGUGUGUGUGUGUGUCUGUACACCAUGUUGCAGCCAUGACUAUUGAGACUGCACCAGGGCAUUAUGAGCAAACUGAGUGAUGUCUUGGUACUCCGUGGACAGAGCAGACAAGGGCUGGGCGUGUUCACUUUUAUUCUAAUACCACAAAUGGGCUCUGCAUCUUCAGAAAGGGAAAGCUCUUUGCUCAGAAUGGCUUAUCUUCCAUAGUAUAUGACAAGAGUUCUCCUCCUUUCUGAUGUUGCGGACCGGAGUGGCGGGGGGGGAAGGGGAGAUUCCGCAUGAGUAGUGAGUGUGUGUGCAUGCAUGCACAUGCAGCUCCAUUUGCAUAAGCGGCGGACACUACUGCUUGCCCCCCACUUCCACCGCUCAAUUCCUAAUGGCUCAAGGCCCGAUAAUGGGCUGGGGGUCGGGGUCCCCUGGUGUAUGAGACCCAAAGUGAUCAAAUGGAUUUGCCAAUCAAAUCCAAAGUGUGAGGUAAUGUCAGUCGCACAUAAAUGACACAUGCAACUGGCCAGAGCCUGGGUGAUGUUUAACCUCAGAGCCAAAUUGGGGAGGAAUGAGCAAGACAGCAACCCCCUUCCCCUAUCAUUUUCCUACCUUUUCUAGAAACAUCUUCAAAAUAUGGAAUUUUUGUCUCCGUCCUCUCAGCCACGUUCUAGGCAAGAAGGUAAGAUGAGAUCAAAGCCUUGAGAUGGAUUCUUCUCCCUAGUGAGUGAUUUUGGCUUACCUGAUAGUUCAUGUUCCAAAGUGGUUAGAAGGUACCAUUCUCCUCUCCUCUAUGAGCACAGAAAUAAGUGGAAGAAUCCCAGCCUUUUCUAUGUUAACUAAUCUGCCUUAAGCAAUCUUAAACAUCUGUCUUUGGAGUGUCCCCAUCCACAACCAGUAAAGGGCUUCUUAUUCUUUGUGUGGAUAUCAAGUCACACUCUUCUAAUGCUGUGGUGUCUCCUCAUUUGCUGGUCAACUUAAUUCUGUACCUGAAUUAAAUGUACAAACCUUGUAGCAUCCUUUUUAUCUGCACCUUUUAUAAGAAUAUAAUGUAACACUAAAAAGAAAAAAAAAGAUGUCGCCCCUGUUUAUUUCAAUGAGUUAUUUCGUUAGUGGAGCCAAAUAUAUUUAAGCAAUAAACUCUAAUAAUAUUCACUAAA